AGCAGUCGCAAUUUGCUAUUUAAAGUGAUCAAAUGCUUCGUUUAAAACGUUUGAAAAAAAUUGUUCUUGAAGUCAAAUUAUUAGUUUGUGAGACCUCAGCAUAAAAACUUAUGAAGCACUCAAGCAUAGCGUUUAAAUACCCAACAUAUCGAGAUGAUUCCCCGAAAAGUUGUAAAAGGUGGUUAGAUGGAAAACGCAUUGACGAUAACGCUGAAGGUCUUUGGAGGGUUCAUGACAAGUUAUACGACUUAAGAUUAUUCAUGAAGAAUCAUCCAGGUGGUAAAGAUUGGCUUGAAAUGACAAAGGGCGUCGAUAUCACCGAACUUUUUGAAAUUCACCACAUAACUGACUCGGCUGAGAAAAUUCUUCCAAAGUUUUACGUGCGAGAUGCUUCGUCGCCGAGAAAUUACAAAAUUACUUUUGAAGAGAAUGGAUUUUACAAAACAAUGAAACGAAGAUUGGCAAGCAAGUUAGAGAGUUUGGAUGAAAGUCAAGUUAGCAAUUCACGAUUCUACUGCGAUUUUAUGUUGACGUCAACAAUUCUAUUUUCUGUAAUUGCUGCACGCGAUAACAACUAUUUAAUUGCAUCGUUAGCUGCAUUGAGUCUUUCUUGGCUUGUAAUCAUUACACACAAUUUUAUUCAUCAGAAAGAUAAUUGGAGAAUGUACCUUAUGAACUUAUCACUCUUAAAUUAUCGAGACUGGAGAGUUUUUCAUGUUAUGUCGCAUCAUCAUUAUCCAAACUCAUACCAUGACUUGGAGAUUUCAUUCUUUGAACCUUUUCUGAAUUGGAUGCCUGAAAAGAAGACGAAAACUCAAAUUUAUUUCUAUUGGGCUGUUUCGCCCAUAGUUUAUGCUUCUACACUUUUCAGUGGAUUCAUAAUGAGAAUGUCCAGUGCAAUAUUUCAUAAUCAACAGCUGUUUGCGGAUGAUCUGAUGCCGCUGCUAUUACCAACUACGAUGUACAUAUUUGGCAACAUAAAUAUUUAUGUAGUUGUGAAAAUUUGGCUUUUCAUAGUGAUGUUGUCAAGCUUUUUUUACAUGCUUGUUGCUAUCAAUGCUGGACACCAUCAUAGAGAAAUAUUUCAUGAAGGUGAUGAACUCAAAUCUUUGGACUUUGGAGUUUAUCAGCUUGCAGCAACGAUUGAUAAAGUAGAAGUUAAAAAUUCGCUCUUUUUAACUUUAACCACAUUCGGACAACAUAUUUUGCAUCAUUUCUUCCCCUCGUUGGAUCAUUCAUUGUUACCACAACUCACAGAGAUGUUUUACGAAACGUGCCAAGAGUUUGAGAACGAAUUCAGGGAAUUCCCAUGGUGGGAAUUGAUCAAAGGCCAAUACAUUCAAUUAGCUCGUACCGAAACAACCAAAUUAAGUAACUAA